GAUGAUUCCGAUCAAUUCGCUCAAUUUCAUAAUAUGGAUAAUAUUAAAAUGGAACCAGAUGUUGAUAUGGAUGCAGAAGUGUUUUCAGUGGAUGAUGACGACGAUGAUGAUGGCUCUUGUAAUCAAUUGUAUAGCGAACAUCUGUUGAAACAAGCUGCACACCAAGUUUCGCCUCAAAAGCAACCUAAGGCAAGACCCUCUACUUCCCCCUUUAAAGGUUCCAAAAGUUCUUACGAUCAAGUGCAUUUCUUAGAAGAUCUUGAAAAGGAAGAACAAAACCUAAUGAAAUCUACCCGUUUAGAUAUAUCACAUUCCAAUGAUUUAGCUCACAUUGGCGAUUCGGAUUAUAAUUUUUUAGUUAGUUUUUUGCCUCAAAUGAAAAAGAUGUCCGAAUUACAAAACUUACAGUUUCGUGCUAAAAUGACCAAUUUAAUGCUGGAAAUUAUGUCCCCAACUAUGUCUACAGCACCUGUUUCAUCCUCCCAGUGUAGAAAUGUUAAUUUGAAUAAUUAUUCUUAAUUUUCUUAGCUUCGAUUUUAAGUUAUAUU